UGAGAAGUAACGCACCCGCUUGUCGGUAGUAUCAGCCAGACAGCCUUGUGGAACACUAGCUGUACUUCUCCUCCUCCAGAACCAUGAUAGUUUUCCUUGUUCUAAUCGGAUCUGUAGCAGUUUAUGGAAAACACUACUCCUGCAACCACACCAACCAUGACCAGCUGCUCCCGAGCCAGGUGAUCAGCAACGUCAUCGCCGACAUUGACACAGAUGGCGACGGCAUUGUGGAGCCAACCGAGGUCCAGGCGGAGUUCGUCGCCAGAUAUGACGUUGACAAAAACGGAAGUAUCACAGAGGAAGAGUUUGUAAAACAAAGGCAUCGGCACUACCUCGACGUUCGCAACUUUGUUGGCUAUCUCUUCCACAAUUUCGACGUGAACACGACAACAGUCUGACCGAC